AUGGCGCACCGUUUGUUUGUUCAAACCUUUGGGACCUUCGACCUGCCAGCCACUCUGACGACAGCAACAGCUGCUCGUGCCAAAAUUUUCAGUCGCUUGGACCGAGCUCGGCCAAACGCUGGGUGCCCUGAGCACUUCAGAGAGACUUUUUCUUGGGCAGCAGGCCAUGGUUACUGCACCUUUCUCCAAGCAGCAGCUGCGCAAAGUUGGGAUGCAGAUCAGUUGGUACACCUGCUGAAUGGAAGGAAGGGUUCUAUGGAAGGUAUUCCUCCACCUCUUUGGAGAGCAGCGAAGCGUCAUCAAGCUACAGCUGUCACACUGUUGUUGGAGCUACGAGCUGUUCCAGAGUGCAGCGGCAAGGGUGGCACCACUGCACUUUUUUGGGCUGCACGGCAUGGCGAUGUUCCCUCGGUUCGUGAGCUUCUGAAUGCUGGGGCUUCGCCUUUGCAUGGAAGUGUCUUCAAUGUGGAACCGUCAAGGAGUUUUCCGCGAUACCCUGGAGGUGAAUGUGCACUAUCUGCUGCGUUGCAGGCACCGGCAGAAAAAGCUUCUGGAGGACGUCUUGAGGCUAUGCAAGUCAUGGCAGAAUCUUUGACCCCAGAGCAGCGUGGGCAGUCUUUAGCACGGCGCGCAUUGCUGUCAGCUUGCGAGGCAGGGCUUGUGCCAUAUGUCUCUGUCCUACUGGGACCGUUGGGAGCUUUCUUCCCCCGUCGUGAUACCGACGACAAUGAAGAGACGCCAUUGUUGGUUGCAUUGAAUCGUGGUUUUUCAGAAGUGGCUGAGUUGUUGCUGCAAGACAAGUCUGCAGCAGGGAUUCAUACAUCCCUUCCUUCGGGGAAGUCUGCUCUGCACCUGGCAGCAGAAAAGGGUGAUGCUCGACUGCUGUCCUUGUUGCUUCAAGCACGGGCCCAACUGGAUGCUGUGACGUCCACGGGUCGCACUGCUUUGCAUUUAGCAGUUGAGCAUGACUACGAGCAGGCAGUGCAAGCCAUUUGCAAACAUGAUGGCACGAAGGUGAGACACUUGCUGCAGGAGACCCUAAACGGGGCCUCAGCUGUAUGCUUGGCUGAACGCCGCGGAAAGCCUGCCAUGAUCCUUCCAAUGCUCCGUUGCUACCAUAAACAUUUGCGAGAGAGAUACCUUGCUGGCAAGCUUCAAGAUGCGGGCGAUAGAAUCAGCAACACUGGGUUGACAGCUCUUUGCCUCAAGUAUCGGGACACCUUGUUCGUGAAUGAAGACACAUCCAAUGCCAAGCUUGUGACACAGGCUGGCAAGGUGGCUGCAAUGACGCUGGUGCCAGACAACACAGCUCCAGAUGAUGGGGAAAAGCUCCGACGUUACCAGCGUGUCCUUGACAAGACACGUUGGAGCGGAGUAGACAACAGUUUGGUGGGCCGUGGGCGGCUUCGUUCGCAGAUGGAUUUGAAUCAAGCUUCGCACAUUCCUCGUGUGCGUUCGGAUAGCGUCAAGACCGAAGCGAAGCAUCGAAAACCAUGGGGUUCUGCCAAGCCUCGUCAAAAGCCUCAGUCUGCUUCUAGAACUUCACAUGCACCCUCUUUUCACGGCACAAGCUGUCCUCCAUCAUCUCAGUUGGCCCUGUCAAAACCCAGGCUUCAAGGCAAGCAACGAGAGGCUGCAGCCAUAGCGGCUGAGGAUGAGAUGCAGGACUUGAUGUUGGACUUUUUUUCGGAUGCUGAAGUAGCACCAGAGCCACAAGCAUGCUCUGGGCCCGAAGAUCCCGUGCCUUGCAACUUCCGUUUGCCGGAGCCAGCGCCAGAGCCAGCGCCUUGUUUUGGUCCUGGGCAGAGGCUGCAGGCCGACAGAAGUCUGAAUGACAUCAGCCUGGAAUAUACCUACGAGGAGCUCAAUCAGGCCACCAGCAACUUUGACAAUGCCGUGAAACUUGGUUCCGGAUCCUACGGUGGUGUGUUUAAAGGGGUGCUCAAGGAGGGAACCGAAGUUGCUAUCAAGGUGCUGGAAGUGCCAAACGAAGCUGGCUUUGAGGAGGAGGUGAAGGUCCUCAGCAAGUUUCGACAUCCCAAUCUCGUGAUUCUUAUGGGAUUUGCACGUAAUGGACCGCAGCGGCUCCUCGUGUACGAGAUGCUGGCAGGAGGUGAUGUGCACCGCAGGCUCCAGAGGAGCAGUCACGAAAAUGCCCCCUUUGCAUGGCAAGACCGGGUGGGUGUUGCUUUGGAUGCUGCUUGUGGCCUAUCUCACCUUCAUCAUUCUUCACCCAAAGUGUUUCACCGCGACAUUAAGAGUCCAAACAUUCUUCUAGACAAAAAUGGCACCGCAAAAAUGGCUGACUUUGGCCUAGCCUGUCUGUCUCAUGCUGCAGCACACCGCGUGGCCAGAGCAUCUGGCACCGUCGGCUAUGCAUGUCCUCUUUACGUGCGUCGUGGAGUGGUGACGGAAGGCUCUGAGGUGUAUUCAUUUGGAAUGGUGCUUUUGGAGCUACUGACGGCACAUCCGCCCGCCUACAUGAGCCGAAAGAGCCGUGAAGGUCAUGGGCAAAUCCAGUACCUCACCUCGCAAAUCAAUGGUGACAUCAGCUGCGUGCUGAAGCUUUUGGAUACUAAGGCUGUUUGGCCUCCGGCAGUUGCCCAAAGAGUUGCCGAACUGGCGCUCAGCUGUACCAUGAUGCAGGAGGAAGCUCGACCUAGCUUUGCCGACGUGGUGCGCGCUUUGCGAGCGCUUGAGUCAGCUCCAAGAGAUCCGCCACAGCCGCUGGCCGCAGUGCGUGGGGUCAGCCAGGAGAGGCGCGUCAGCUUAAGUCACGGGGUGGUGACGGAGCAGCCGCUCAGCCCGCGAGAGGUAAUUCAGCAUCCGGAACCCUUUGCCAUGGAGCUCUUUGCCCUGGAAUGUGUUCGCGCGCAAGGCGCCGACCUUCAAAGCAUUUCUCUGGAGAAGCGUCGAAUUGUGCAUGGCCUCACUGCGCAGGAGUGUCUUGGGGACACUUUAGCUGCAGCAAAUCGCAAGGGGCCACUUUGCGUCGGACGUGCCUUUCAGACACCUUUAUUCGAGGAGCUAGUGGCCAAGAGUGCCUCUGGGCGGUCGACCAUCUCCCGAGAACAUUUUCAGAUUUGGAUUGAUUGCAGCCCGGCAGCGAAAGGACUACGGCGCUUUGUUCUGAAGAAUUGCAGUGGCAAUGGGACCAGAUUGAACGAUCAGCUGUUACAGGGCCGUGGUGAUCAAGCUCCUUUGCAGCAUGGCGACCUGGUUACAUUGACGCGCUUUGGGCCAACUGCUGGAAAAUCGGAGGUAGAGUUUAUCCAAUUCCGUUUCGAUCUCUCCCGCUCCUGCCUGGAGGGUGUUGACCUGCCCGCGCCUGAUAGAUGUCCACCAGGCGUAGGAGAUGGCAUGCAACGUGGCGUGGCACGGGCAUCCACCCUGGCUGCGCAGCUGAGUCGAGAUGGGCAGAGAGACCGUCUCAGUGCACCCCAAGGUCCAUUGACAUCAGGCACAACUUUGCGACAAAAUACGCCGGCUGUGCCUGCAGCGCCGCCAAAUUCAGAUGCAGUCGGUGACCUGGCACUCUUUUUGGAAGUGCUUGGGCCAGGUGUGAAGAUGCAGUUGCCCGACGAUGCGCGGCGGCUUGCCUUCGUGCCGAUGCAAAGUGCGGAGCCUUUCAGUUCCUUCCUGAUUGGCCGCGCUCAUCAGCUGGACUUCUGGCCAGAGGUGCUUCACCCAGAUGCCUUGAGCACGUUGUCACGGCAACACAUAGAGGUUCAAACGUGGCGCGCGGGAGAUGGAAGAUUCUCCUUUGUCGCACGAAAUUUGAGUGAAGUAAAUCCAGUCCACGUGGUGGCCAACAUGGAGGCUUGUGAGCCCUGUGCCCUGGCCAAGGGUGAGCAACGACACCUCUUCGACGGGGACCGGCUGGUCCUGAACCUUGGACAGGCGCAUGCCUUUUGGAUGACGUUCACCGAUCUCACUGGAGUGCGGGAGCGAACAAGGAGGGCGAGGAAUAUGCAGACGGCCGUUUGCAAGGAUGAUGACCUCAUCUCGACUGCCGCAACGCCUCAUGACCUCCAGGAUGUGGAUGAUGACAGGGGCGAAGGACGUUUCUUGCUCAAGGCGACCCCUACGCUGAACCUUGCCAACAUGCCAUCGUCAAAACCAGGUUCUGGCUUUGCGGGACGACCAGGCUCGAUAUCACCAUGGCGGAUGCGCAGUGACGAUGGGCCCUCUGUGCUGCGCAGCCUCAGGAGCUCGACUUCCUUCGCCAGCACCAUGCAAGCGAAGGAGCCAUGGUUCAACUGUGAUGAGCCCGAGUUGACCGUCUCGCCAAUGCUCGGCACCGCGACUCUAUUGAGCUUCGACCGCGCCAAUGGUUGUGUCAAACCUGCUUACAAGGAAAGGUUCUAA